GGACUGCUGCUGGAGGAAACAAAAAGGGUAGGAGACGGUUGUGAUUGAGUUCACAAGACCACGUGGACUGAGAAUCUGUCCUUUCACCUAGAAAUGGAAAGUGCGACUCACUGUCUGUAGCACGGCUCACUUGUUUCUUGAUUUGAAUCUGUUGCACAGAUAAACGAUCCACCACCACUUCCGAGGCAGCUCGAGAUUCCAUCGUGCGACGUCAAUAGAAGCGCAAGCUCAACAUCGCGUUCUGCUUUCAGGCAUCCAGCUUUCUCCAAACUCCACAACACACAAAAAGAAUGCAUCAGAUCAAUUUCACGACCAUCUUACUCUGCAUGCUCGGUCUGAUCUCCUUGGCUCACUCAUGUCGCCCUUCAAUGUGGGUCGUCGGACUCAAAGAGAACCAGACAGUCGAUGAUCAUCUCACCCUCAUUGGCCGACCAAUUCUCAGCAUCGAAAACAGACCUGAAAUCCCCGGAUACACCGUCUCCGUCUCAGAGAAUGAUACAGAACUCAUCGAAGCAAUUCGCAGCGACCCUAGUGUCGGCUUCGUGGUCAAGGUAUCCCAGAACUACUUCCACAAGCACGAGAAGUUUGUUGCAGGUGCACGAAACGGUGACUAUGAUAACCACUUCACUAUGGCUGCAGAAUCAUGGGGCUAUGAAAAUGAUGAAGAUUUUCUCGCUGAGUUCCUCGCUGAAGAAAUUGAUGAGAUGGUCGAUCGCAUGUCGUGGCCGAGCUAUUAUUGGUACUAGCUGGAGAGGGAAGAUCCAGAGGCCUUCGACCUUCAAGGGAUCGGAAGGUAAGUACGCUGCACCAAGUCAGUGAAGACAAGACUAACAAAGCGCUGUAACAGAAGAGAACCCCUGGAAUGGGUGGUCCAGCUAGAAAAGGGCUACAACAUCGACGAACACAUCAACGUCAUAACUCAAUUCGACCCACAUUCGGUCACUGUCAGUUCGAGUUCGAGUUCGUACG